UAUAACAAAAAUUCUCUGAGGGCAAUAGAGCCCAAGUAGAUUCCCUAUGAGUAGAAUACAGAAACGUUAGUGUUUGAGCUAUGACCACAUCUAUGGUGCUUUAGAUUGAUUUAUUUAACACUAUCUACUGUUUAUUACUUUCAGGCAUGGACCAAAGCAGUGAAGCAUGUGUGAAAAAGAUUAGCAGUGUGAAUCUUGACAAACUUAUAAAUGACUUCUCACAGAUAGAAAAGAAAAUUAUAGAAACCAAUGGAAAGAACAAUAUACUGGAUAUUCAGUUGGAAAAGACUAAUUGUUUAUUAAAAGUAAUGCAAGCAAAGGAAGUCUCAAUUAAAGAAGAAUGUGCUGCUCUUCAUAGUAUAAUAAAAAGUCUACAACAUACCAUUGAAUAUCAACAGAAUUUGAAAGGUGAAAAUGAACAACUAAAAAUAAGUGCUGAUCUUAUAAAAGAGAAGUUAAAGUCUCAUGAACAGGAAUAUAAGAAUAAUAUUGCCAAACUUAUAAGUGAAAUGAGAAUCAAAGAGGAGGGAUAUAAGACAGAAAUAAGCAAACUUUAUCAGGACAUGCAGAAAAAAGUUGAAUUAAAUGAAGAAAAGCACAAAGAACUAAUAGGGAAAAAGGAGAUGGAAAUUUCAGAGUUAAAUGCAAAGCUAAGAAAUCAAGAAAAAGAAAAACAAAAUGAAAUAAUCAAGCUACAACUAGAGUUUGAUGCCAAACUAGCAAGAGUUCAGACUAAAUCAAAAUCAUAUCCAGAUUCUACCGUUUUGCCACAGAGUAUCUACAGAAGGAAACUGCAACAUAUUCAAGAAGAAAAAAACAAAGAGAUUGCAAUUCUUCGUAAUACCAUUCGCGAUUUAGAGCAACGCCUUUCUGUUGGCAAAGAUUCUCACCUUAAGCGUAGACGGUUUUGAGCUUAGCAGUAAAUUCAUUAGUUGGCAUUUUACUUAAAAGCAACUGAAAAUUUCACUUUUAAUUUCAACAUAUGCAUACAGCCUACAUCACAAAAAGAGUCAGCUUUAAGGUUUUUAUUGAAUUUAUUUGGACAAAUCCAUACUGUAUCCAAUUGUGUACUGCAUUCUUGCUUAAUAGUAUUAACCAUAAAGGAGGUCAGGUUUAUAGGGUUUAGUUUACCUAUUAAACCAUCAUUGACUAUGGAAAUACUUACCAAGCAAAACAGAGACAGACAAUAUUCUUUACCUUUCCACUUAUAUCUUUCAAGACAGCCAAUCAAGUUUUAGAAGAGUGUGAUACAAUGUUAGAGAAAGAAGGAUACAAAGGUUUUAUUCAUGUGUGAUAGUAAAAGCAAGAUAUGAGUUUUCGAUAUCCAAAAAGAUAAAUGGACAUUUAAAAUAUAUAUGCUUUUUUAGCAAAAUAUUCAUGUGUUAAGUAUCUACUUCUUUCUUUAAAUUUAGUUAAAAAUGUAAGAUUGAAAAGACAAGGAUAAUAUUGUUUGAGAGAUAAG